AUGGCGGACUCUGAUUACAGAUUACAAGUUCAGUCUGAACUGGAGAACAAAAUGGAGGAGGAGGAAGAGGAGGAGGAGGAAGAGGAAGAGGAGCAGGAGGAGGAGGAACCUGAAGCUGAUCCCCCUCCGGACGCAGUCCUACUGGUGGAAGGAGAGAGCUUCUAUGUGAACCGCCAGCACCUGGCUCUCCAGAGUCCUUACUUCAGGGCUCUGUUCUUUGGCUGUGGGGUUGAGACCACCAAAAGGCAGGUGGAGAUCAAAGGGGUGGGGCGGCGGCCCUUCAGGGUCCUGAUGGAGCUGGGCCGCUGGCGCCGGCCGGCGCUGGACCGGGAGAACGUCCUGGGGAUCCUGGAGACGGUAGACUUCCUGCAGCUGGAGCGCGCCCGGCUGCUGUGCUGCAAGUUCCUGGAGCGGGAGCUGCACGCCAGCAACUGCCUGGGGAUGAUGGCCUACGCCUGGGGGCGGGGCCUGGCCACGCUGCACGCCGCCGCUCGCCAGGUGGCGCUCACACACUUCCCAGCAGUCUCGGCCGAGGAGGACUUCUUGUCCAUCUGUAAGGACACGAUAGCACAUCUGCUAGCCAGCGAUGAGCUGGCUAUCGAUAGAGAUGACCUGGCCCUGGAGGCCGCCCUACGCUGGGUCCUGUUUGAACCCCAGCGGGAGGAACACUUCCUGGAGCUCCUGGAGCUGGUGAGACCCGAGUCUCUGUCCUUGCCCUUUAUCACUCAGCUCCUGAGCAGAAUGGCGUGCUCUGAUCCUCAAGCCAAGCUCAUUAGCAAGAUGAACGAACAUUUCCCAGAGACCUGGUCGGUGGGCAGGUCCCUGAAGCGGAGCAGGGCCAGAGAGACCCUCUACGUCCUGGGUGGGCCUCACGACCAGGACCAGCAGCCUCUGUAUCAGUUUCACCCUCUGAGUGGCAGGUGGCAGAAGUGUGCCCCUCUCCAGAGGAAGAACCUCACUCAGUACUCAGUAGCAGCAGUAGGGGACAGUGUGGUUGUGACAGGAGGCUACUUCAGGGAUGUCCUGUGGUUCAGCGUGGACUGGGUCAGGAUCUACGAAUGCAGCAGCGGGCGCUGGGUGGACGGGCCGGCCCUCCACCGGUCCAGACACAGCCACAGCUCCGUGGGGCUGGACUCAGCUCUGUAUGUUCUGGGGGGCUCUGUGGACGAGGGCCUGGUGGAUGAGGUGGAGAGGCUGGUUGUGGGCUCGGAGGAGGGCUGGGAGGCCCUGAGCCCCAUGGUGUGGGCUGUGGAGAGGGCGGCAGCCGCCGUCCUGGGGACCUGCAUCUACAUGGCGUGUGGCCUGGACGAGAACGGGGAGGUGUUUGCUGGGGUUCAGAGGUACGUCGUGGAGGAAGAUCAGUGGGAUGUGGUCUCCUAUUCGCCAUUUCCAAGGUACGACCUGGUUGCCACCGAGCUGAAUGGCGCCCUCUACCUGUUUGGAGGCCACGCCCUUCGCUUUGACGUGGAGACGGAUGAGUGGACCGUGCUGGAGGAGGAGAGUCUGGACGGGAAGUUCUUCUGUGGGUGCACCACAGUGGGUGGACAGAUCUAUCUGCUCAGUGAGAGAAGGAUUAACAAGGCCUUCCCAAACAUGGUGCUGCUGGACCCUUAUAUCGACACGUGUUUAGAGAUAGACGACGCCAUUCCCUGUGCUGUGCCCCUCAGGGGGUGUGUCUCUAUGAGAAUGGUCACAUGA